CCGACCACAGCUACGAACUUCCCAGCACUUAAUUUAACGCCCAGGGGAGUCGGUUCGUGGAGAAGCCGGCUGUCUAGUAAAUCAAGGGCUACCAUGUGCUGUCACCUUGUUGAAUAAUUAGGAUCUUCAGCGCCAGGUACCGGCGCACGAAGGAGACGCUGGCUGAGUCGCAAAACAAGAAAGGAGGUGCAACAUACCAUGCCACCCGAAACAUAUAAAAACCUGCUUGCUGAGACUCUAACUUCAGAAUUCAAGCUCUUCAAUUCACACUUCAUCUCAACUACCAGCACUACACUUCGUGUUUAACAAUCUGAAACAAUGGCACCCCGUCCCUUCGUCAGGAAUUUGACCUUCCAGUCCAACAACCUCGGAAAGGAGGUCACUCUCAUGCUCGCUUGGAGUCCCAACCUGGAUGGCCUCUACCAGGACGUCUUCCCGAUAGUUUGGAAGGUCACCAAAUUCGGGAAGGAUGGUCCAUACAGGGCUACCGCGACCUACACGGCCCAACUCGCUUUCUCCAGAGCCCAGGUCGAUGCCGGGAAGGUCAUCGGCGCUGCAACCUCCGUCAAUAUUAAUAUCAACCAGAAGACAAUGCUGACUGAGGCCAACGAGGUCUAUCAUUUCUCUCCCCCUGAGUCGGGACCCGCUGGCAUCCUGCAGGCCCAGAACCACACUGGUUCUAUUCAAGAGAUCGCAGUCGGCUUUGUAAACAAAGGAGAUUUCAUGCCCACCCCCGUACUCUACUUCAGCGAUGUCGGAGAUGGCAGUCGCGUCACAGCGAAGUACACUCCGGUCCUGCGUGCCUACAUUACGGCCGACUAUGAAGAGACCGCGAUCUUACGAGGUCAAGUUGACACUCCUGCGAUCUGGACGCAGGACCUCACUGGGCUUGCUCAGAACACGACUUGGAACCUCGCGCGCGACCCGAACACCGGACGUUACUCACUCACCCAUGCUUAAUUGAGGAAUGCGACAACGUAUCUUCGUUCAAACCAAUUACUUCAUUUGGU